AUGAUGAGGUCGUACAUGCUAGAAGAACCCGAUGAAGCCGAAAUUGGAUUCCCUGAGGAUAGCGUAUGCUGGGUCCGGCUGGACUUUCAACUUCAACGAUGCUACCAGUUUCAGGAUGAGACAGGAGAUCAAACUACGAGUGUCGAGACUGGAGAGAAGUCAUAUCGGUCAAGGUUUUCUGAGUCAUAUAAGUAUGAUGUUGAAGAGAGGCUAAAGGCGACACUGGAACGGAUGAGAUCGACAUCCUUUGACGAUGUGAGUCAAUUCGUCCAAGAAUUGUAA